AUGGUGAAGAAAAAGCAGCAGCAGGAGGCGGCAGCGGUUUUUAUGCAAUCUCGUCGGAGCAGGUCGGCGGGCGUCGGGCCCCUCCCCCAGUCGCGCUUCUUCCCGCCGCUGGAGACGGCCAUGCUGCCGCCCGGAACUUUCCGAGGACGGGCGGCCCUGAUCACGGGAGGCGGGACCGGACUGGGCCGCGCCAUGACCGCCGUCCUCUCCCAGCUGGGGGCGCAGUGCGUCAUCGUCAGCAGGAAGUUGGAGGUCUUGCAGAAGACGGCGGAGGAGAUCAGCGGGCAGACGGGAAACCCGGUCCACGCGCUGCAGCUGGACGUCCGAGAUCCGGAGGCCGUGGCGCGCUGCGUCCAACGCGUGGAAAGCCUGACGGGCCUGCCCGACGUGAUCGUCAACAACGCGGCGGGAAACUUUGUGUGCCCGUCGGAAAAUCUUUCGGCCAACGCCUGGAAGAGCAUCGCCGACAUCGUCCUGAACGGAACCGCCUUCGUCACGCUGGAGCUCGGCAAGAGGCUCGUUCGCAGCCAGAAAGGCGCCGCGUUCCUGGCCAUCACCACCAUUUACGCCGAGUCGGGCUCCGGGUUCGUGGUACCCAGCGCGGCGGCUAAGGCCGGCGUAGAGGCGCUCUACAAGUCUUUGGCGGCAGAGUGGGGACGUUACGGACUCCGUUUCAACGUGAUCCAGCCCGGACCCAUCCGAACCAAGGGGGCCUUCAGCCGGCUGGACCCCACGGGAGAGUUUGAAGCCGGCGCGCUGAGCCGCAUCCCCGCGGGCCGACUGGGCCGGGCGUCCGAGUUGGCCAACCUGGCGUCGUACCUGUGCAGCGACUACGCCAGCUGGAUGUCGGGAUCGGUGGUUCGCUUCGACGGCGGCGAGUACGCCAUGAUGGCGGGCGAAUUCAACGAGUUGCGCAAGGUCACGCCUGAGCAGUGGAAGCUGAUGGAAAAGAUGAUCCGGAGCACCAAAGGAUCCUGA